AUGGAGUACAUGAUCAGAUUCACACAAGUCCAUGAGACCUUCCGUCUGGCAGAAAUCAAAGCUCUGGCUGUUCUUGAGGGCAUCGACCUGGAGGUACUUUCCUAUAGCCCCAGCUCACCAUUCUGCUUUGUGAAACUGUCAUCUGGAGAUGCAGCCAUUAGAUUGGUUCAAAGAUCCAUUCUCGCAAAAGCCAUCUAUGAGGUUUGGGGGAACGGCUCAACCUUUGAAGACCUUCACGACAAUGUUCGAGCAAUCUCGCAGCACCUGUGGCCACUGUACAAGGAAUCCUCUUUCAAGUUCACUGUCGAUUCAUUUCAAGGCUCCCGGUCUACUACGGAGCAACGAAAACUGAUUGAAGGUUUCCGCUUCCUUGGAUUUGAAGGACCAAUCAAGAUGAAAGGCGCAGAGCAGGAGUUCUGCAUCUCAGAGGAAUGGCAAUUCGAUGCAGCCGCUCUUGGUGUCCAUGCGCCACAGUCAGUCCACUUGGGAAGAUUUCUUGGCGGAAGUGACAGAGAGGUCAUUGGCAAGUAUGACUUGAAGAAGCGGAAAUACAUCUGCACUACGUCCAUGGAUGCCGAGUUGGCAUUGAUCACGGCCAAUAUUACAUUAGCUGCACCGGGUAAGCUGUUCUACGAUCCAUUCGUUGGCUCUGGUAGUUUCCCAGUAGCAUGUGCGCAUUUCGGUGCUCUGGCAUUCGGAAGUGACAUCGAUGGACGUAGUAUUAGGGGAAGGGGAAAGACAAAUUUGUUGGCCAACUUCGUCCAGUACAAACUCACAGACAAUUUCGGCGAUAGUUUCGUGGCAGACCUGACCAAUACGCCUCUCAGAGCAGCGAGAAUGUUCGAUGGUAUUGUUUGUGACCCCCCCUAUGGAGUCCGAGAGGGCCUGAAAGUUUUGGGUAGUAGAGAUCCAACAAAGGGCAAAGAGCCUGUGUUUCGAGAUGGAAAGGCUCACCACAUGGAAGAGGCAUACAUUCCUCCAAAAAAACCCUACGGCUUUCUAGCGAUGCUUGAUGAUAUCCUAGACUUUGCGGCCCUGUCACUAGUCGACAAUGGCCGACUAUCUUUCUGGAUGCCAACUGCAAAUGAUCAAGAUCAAGAGAUUCAUAUUCCAGCGCAUCCAUGCCUUCAAAUCACUAGCGUCUGUACGCAGGCCUUCAACAGAUGGUCCAGGAGGCUCAUCACUUACAAAAGGAUCCCAGACUCCGAGGUUGUAGCCACUACCUCUCGUGAGCAGAGAGUCAAGGAAAACGGUGUAAAUGCCAAUGAUCUCAAUCCGUUCAGAAAAGGUUACUUCCAAGGAUUCAAGGCAGCGUUCAGGUGA